UCUUCUGGGGACUGUGUCUGCCCUUCACACAACAGCAGGGCAAGAGGAGCCUGAGAAGCUUCCUGGCUCUCUCCAGGGAUCAGGCAGCCCAGGGCUGGAGGCCUGGGUGCUGCUGGAGGCCCUGCCCUUUUUUUCACUUUGGUCUCCCUCUCCUGGAGCCUGGCCUGGGACUGUGACUGAGCCCCUGCAGGUGGGGUGCUUGCCUGCAUCCUGGGGACCCGAGGCUACAUCUGCAGUGGCAUCUUUCCUCUAGCUGCCCACUAAUUCUCUAGUGAAGGAAGCGUUUGCCUUCUGCCUGCUUGAAGCUGUACAGCGCCACCUGCCAGGAGUGGGAGAGACCCAACGGAACUGGCCCUGGCAACACGGGAGCUCCUCUACCUGGACAGGUCUCAUUCACCCAUGGGAAGUGACUGAAGGAGGAAGUUCAAGGGCGAGAGUGAGCGCCAGCAGAAGGCUGGGUGAUGGGUUGGAGUCUGUAGUUCAUUCCUGCUGCCAGGCUUCACCGAGGGCAACGGGGACCCUUUUGAAGAGAAGAUGUCCCUGCUGACGCUCUUCUCCCUCUUCUGGCUCUCAGGCUACUCCAUUGCCACUGAAAUCACUGGUCCAACCACGGUGAACGGCCUGGAGCGGGGCUCAUUGACCUUGCGGUGUGCUUACGGCUCACAAUGGGAGACCUACUUGAAGUGGUGGUGUCGAGGAGCUGUUUGGAGUAGCUGUCAGAUCCUUGUUAAAACCACUGGAUCAGAGCAGGAGGUGAAGAGGGGCCGGCUGUCCAUCAGGGAUGAUCAGAAAAACCACACAUUCACUGUGACCAUGAAGGAUCUCAGAAGAGAUGAUGCUGACACGUACUGGUGUGGGAUUGAGAGAACUGGAACUGACCUUGGAGUCAAAGUUCAAGUGACCAUUGACCCAGCAUCGACUGCCACCCCCACCAUGCCUACCUCCACUACGUUUACAGCACUAGUCACCCUGCAAGAAACCAGCAGCUUCCCAACUCUGAACAGCCACCACUUGGACAACAGGCACAAAGUCCUGAAGCUCAGCGUCCUCCUGCCCCUCGUCUUCAGCAUAUUGCUGCUUCUCUUGGUGGCCGCCUCGCUCUUGGUUUGGAGGAUGAUGAAGCGCCAGAAGAAAGCAGCUGGGAUGUCCUCAGAGCAGGUACUGCAGUCCCUGGAGAGUGACCUCUGCUAUGCAAACCUGACCCUGCAGCAGACCAGAGCCUCCCCCAAAAAGGCCACCACAAAGCCCUCCUCCUCUGCCCAGGCUGACCAGGUGGAAGUGGAGUAUGUCACCAUGGCUCCCUUGCUGAGGGAGGACAUUUCCUAUGCAUCUCUGACCUUGGCUGCUGAGGAUCGGGAGCCAACCUACUGCAACACGGACCAACUCACUAGCCCCAUCCCCGGCAGGGUCCCCGAAGAGUCCCCAGAAUACACCACCAUCAGGAGGCAUUAGCCUGCACUCCAGGCUCCUUCUUGGACCCCAGGCUGUGAGCACACUCCUGUCUCCUCGGCUGUCUGUCCCCCAUUCCCCUCUUCAGGACCAGCUGGGGACUGGUACUUCUGCCUGAUCAGCCAGCAUUGCUCCCAGCUCUGGCUUGGGCUCGGGGCCAAGUCUCAGGGGGCUUCAAGGAGUUAGGGUUCUCUAACCAUCCCCUCCUCUCCUACAUAGUUGAGGAGGGGGCUGGGGCUAUGCCCUGGGGCUUUCAUGGGAAUGAUAAAGAUGAUAGUGAUAAAAAUAUUAUCAUUAUUAUCAUAAAGUAUCACUAUCAUAAUACCAUGGACCUUUAUUUAUUACCUACCACAUGCCAUGGGCUGAAUAAUGGCCACCAAAGCUAUCUGCAUCCUAAUCCUCAGAACCUGUGACUGUUACCUUCUGUGGCAGAAAGGGACUGUGCAGAUGUAUUUAAGUUAAGGACUUUGAGAUAGGGAGAUUAUUCUUGCUGAUUCAGGUGGGCCCAAAAUCUAACCACAAGGGUCCUUAUAAGAAAGAGGCCAAAAGAUUAAAGAGGAAGAGACAGUGCAAUCGUGGAAGUGGACAUUGGUGUGAUGUGACCAGGGCCACGAAUGCCACGGCCUUCAGAUGCCAGAAAAGGCAAGGAAUGGAUUCCUGGAGCUUCCAAAAAACCCCAGCCCUGCCCACGCCUUGACUUGAGCCCAGUGAAACUGAUCUUAAGCCUCUGGCCUCCGGGACCACAGGAGAAUAAAUUUGCAUUGUUUUUAAUAAGCCACGA